CGAUAAAUCCGCGGUUGCACUGGAAUAGAAGCAAGCACCCGUACCCCCGACACAAACAAAUAUUUUUUGCACUAGCCUGAAGAACGAACAAUGCAUACAGUUUACGCCCUGCUCAAGAACAAAUUGAGCGAUGUUCAUCCUUUGCACAACAUCGAUCUGGAGCAAAACGUGGCCUACCUGAAGACAAUCGUCACAAAGGAGCUUCAACUGCAGUUCGAUGCCAGCGAAUUGGAAAUCUGCCAUCAUGGCCAAGUACUCGACGAUGUGGAGACUCUUAGCAAGGCCAUCAAACCGAAUGCCGUUAUCCACUGCUUCCGAAAAACGACGCGUUACACACCAUAUGUUCCGCCAGCGGCAUCCGAGAUCAACACGAAGCUCAUACAGGAGCUCUUCUCCCUGACCUCGCACCUGCAGGUCAGUGUCAGCUGCAGGUUCAACAUUCUGCAAACGAUCCUGGCCGAGUAUCCGGAAUUUCGUCGCAACCUGGGUGCACAGGCCCUGAUUCGCGACUCUGUGCUGUUCAACAUGUUGCACGAGCCGGAGGUGGUGCAGAAUCUGGUGCGCGAAUAUCCCCUGAUCUGCGACGCGGCCCCUUUCAUCGUGGAAACCAUACGCAAGGAGCUGGCUCGGAACAGCUCCGCCACCCAAUUUCAAGAGCAGGCGGCCUCCGAGUCUACCACCUCGUCGGAGGAGGAGAACUCCCUGGGCGCCGGAAGCAGCAGCAGCGGAAGCAGUGGAAUGGUGGCCGCCGCCGCAAAUCGUCGCGAUGAGCUGGCCAAUAUCCGGCAGAUCAGCCGUCAGCAGCUGGCCAAUGCUCUAGCCAAUGUAACCUCGUUUAAUUCGCUGUCGAACAUCGCCCAGCGGAACGCGGAUGAAGCCCAGCAGGGCGAUGAGAGGCCGCGCACCACCUCGGCCCCCAUUGCCGGUAGUAGUAGUAGCAAUUCUGCUCUAGGAGCUAGCGGCAGCAGUUCCAUUUCCUCGGAGCUGUUUCGCAGUGAGCUGGCCAGGGCUUUUCAGUUUUUGGCACAGCCACCAGAGGAGAACAUGGAAACAGGAGUCGAGGUAUCAUCCGACGAUGUAGACGACGACGACGACGACGCGGCUGGUGGAGACGACAGCGAUGUCCUGCCUCUGUGCUAUCGCCGCCAUCGCUUCACCGAGCAGCUGCGCACUAUGGCCGCGAUGGGCUUCAUCAAUCACACACAGAACGUCAACUAUCUGACCAUGGCCGAUGGCAACGUGGAGCAUGCCAUCAAUCUGCUGAUGCUGGGCAUGAAUUGAGUCGCACAAACAACUUGUGUAUACUUUAUGACCUUAUAUAUAUAUUUAUUCUGGUAUUUCUGCAAGUGCUGCUACUGCUUCGAUGAUGUUAUAGAAAUACCUUUAGGCGCUGCUUAGCAUUAGCUUUCUUUGAUGUGCCCUCUUCUCUGUAAACUGCCGCGCACUCUCUCAACUUAUGCAAAGAAUAUCUCACGAGAAUUAAAAAAACACAUUGAACAGA